AUGGAUUCCACCUUGGAUCCGCUCCCUCAGCCCAUUCGUCCUGCAAGACAGGACAAGUGGGAAUACGACCCCGAUGUCACCAACCUCAACAGUCCACCAAGGCCCCGAGCUCCCUCUAAAUGCCCACUCCCUCCACCAUCCCCUUCUCCCCCGCCUCCAUCAGAAUUUGCACCCCCCAAAAGUUACAAACUGGCCACUAUGAUAGCUGUGCGUCCUUCACAACACCUAUCUCGAAGAAAUGUAGGAGCAUGUGCAACUCUGGUGGGUCCUCCAGCUCAUUGUGGUCAGCACCGCAUCAACAACAUCUGCCCCUUUGUCCAUGUCCCAAACAUCCCAACAUGCACCAUCCUCUUUGAAGGGCAAAGGCCACCAAGUCAAGAAGCAGCACUCAGACCUCCAAAGCCAGGCUCAAAGCCAAAUGGAGGUGCUAACUGGAUCGAGAGUGCACAAUCUGACAGAGUUGUGCACAAGGAACUCAAGAACAAACAUUACAUGGUGAAGUUCAAUUUUGCUCGACAGACAGAAGAGCAUCAUUUCCUCCACGAGGAACGUGCUUACGAGCGCACAGAAGCUAAUGUCAUCCAUCAGGGUGCGCAAGAGAUGAAGGACUCAGAGAUCUGUCUUUGUGAAGCUGAGACAAAGAUGCAUGACACAUUGGCGCAUGCGCAUGCUGAGGAGGCAGCUACCCUUCAUCUCAAAAUUGAGUAUUGCCGUCUCAGUCAAGGAUCUUGA